ACACCCCGGGCCAUACCUGCCACUGAGGGAUCCCUCCCGGUUGACUGCAAGCCUGUCAGCAUGGCUGAAGAGUUUGUGUACCGCCAGAUCCAGGGCGGGAAGGUGGUGGUGUUCAUGAAACCCACCUGCCCCUACUGCAAAAGAGCCCAGGAACUCCUCAAUCAACUGCCCUUCAAACGAGGGUUUCUGGAAUUUGUCGAUAUCACCACCUGGGAUGACACGGACUCGAUUCAAAAUUAUUUUCAGGUGCUCACCGGAGCAAAGACGGUGCCUCGCAUCUUUUUCGGUAAAGACUGCAUAGGUGGCUACACGGAUCUAGUCACUUUGCAGCAGAAAGGAGAGCUGCUGCCCCGUCUCAAGCAGAUGGGAGCCCUGCAGUAAUUACAGGUGAGCGGCAGAGCAGGCCCCAGGCUGACGUCCCCCAUUGAGACCCCUUGAGAGCAGAUGGCUUCACAAAUGAUGACAGCACCUCCUGGUGGAUGGAAUUUCGGCAGCAACAGCUUUUUUCUUCUUUUGGCUCAGUAUUAAAAAGUGGACCAAGUUGUUUUUAGUCAGGGGGAUGAAACGGUUGACAACCAUCUUGAUUUUCCUCUGGAUUGGCCCUUUGGGUUCCAGAAGUUCUGGCUGAGGAUUUGCUCACUGACCCAGAAGAUGUUCUUUCUCUCGGGCACACGCUUCUUACUCAUCUUUCUCCGUGGGCCAGCGUAUCUCUACGUCUAAGCCAGUGCUUCUCAGCCAUGUUUAUUAAGACGCCUCCCGGGAUGAAUCGAUGGGUGGUCUCCUACUGCCCAGCAGCUGAAGUUGUUUAGCUAAGCUUGACUUUAUGGAGUUUGUAUUAGGAAAUCAGUGAGUAUUUGAGGUAUGGUUUUUCAGGGUACAAGAUUGUCCCCACCCCACCUUGAGAAUCACAGCUCUGAACAAGUGUUCUCAUCCUCGCCAUCUCUCCGAUCUCAUAGGAGAGGGUCAGUAAUUCUCCAAAGGAGGUGAGGACCCAGUUUGAGACCUGCAUGAAGCUAAGCAUGGCUGGGCAUGGCGUGACGCCAUGGGAGCAGUGCAGAUGCUGCAAUCACCCAGCGCCACGCCGCUGUUUGAGAGGCUCAUCCUCGCAGACCUGAACAACCAUGUAUGGGUUCGAUGUCUAUCGCCAAGAAAAUUAAAACGUGAAAUGGAAAACAUCAUCACGGAAGAAAUGCAGCUCCCUUCCCCAGGCAUAUGUCUGUAAAAGGAAUUGGUUUUGAGCAACACUGUCCUAAAUGAUUCUCUUUCCCCCAUCCCACACUUGGAAAAAAUUAAUUUCCUUUUGUGAUCUCCUCUAAUAAAGAACCACCUUCAAACGA